AUGAGCACCAGGGUCCACACCUCGCUGCUGCUUCUGCUGCCGCUGCUGCUGCUGCUGCUGCUGCAGUUCUGCAAAGUACAUUCCCUACUAAUUAACGCCAUUUUUAUUUUUAAGGUCAACAUCACCAACAGCUUCCAACAAGAAAAUGACGAUCUUACCAAUGACACAAAGGGAGACAGCCGGCUUCUGCGGCGAUCCAAGAGAAGAUGGGCUAUCACCACCUUGGAGCUGCAGGAGGAAGACCCAGGACCCUUUCCCAAACUUGUUGGGCAGCUGUUCAAUAAUGUACAUGAUGACACGGAAUUAAUGUACUUCAUCAGUGGACCUGGUGUGGAUGAACAUCCAGAGAUUGGCUUGUUUUCUAUAGAAGAUCACAAGAAUGGAAAAAUAUAUGUUCACCGCCCUAUUGAUCGAGAGAAAACACCAUCUUUUAUGAUUUGCUGUGAUGUUGCGAACCGCUUCACGGGAAAAAUUGUGGAUAAAUCCUUGAUUGUCAACAUCAGGGUCAGAGAUGUGAAUGAUCACGCACCCCAGUUCCCUGAGAAGGAAUUUAACAUCAGCGUGAAGGAGAACCACGAUGCAGGUCAACCUAUUUUUCAGAUGUUGGCCGUGGAUCUGGAUGAAGAAAACACCCCAAAUUCUCAAGUCCUUUACUCCCUGGCUUCUCAAACGCCGGCACCGAGAGAGCGCGGCUUCCGGAUUGACCGCCUUAGCGGAGAAAUACGGCUGUCAGGAUGCUUAGAUUACGAGACCGCGCCCCGGUUCACGCUGCUCAUCGGAGCGAGGGACCACGGGGACCCGCCGCUGUCGGCCUCGGCCACGGUGCACGUGCUCGUGCGGGACAGCAACACCCACGCGCCCGCCUUCGCCCCGGACAGCUAUAACAUUCAGAUUUCUGAAGGCCAAGUCAGCCAGGGCGUGUUACGUCUCCGGGUCCAAGAUGGUGAUUCUCCAUUUACGUCCGCGUGGAAAGUGAAAUUCAAUAUAUCGAAGGGCAAUGAAGAAGGACACUUUGACAUUCUGACUGACCCCGAGACCAAUGAAGGGAUUUUAAAUGUUAUCAAGCCUUUGGACUAUGAGACUCACCCCGCAUGGAGCCUGGUCGUGGCCGCGGAGAACGAGGAGCCGCUCUUCUCCUGUGAGGCUGGGCGCCUGCAGAAGCCCAGGAGGGCAGUGGCCAGCGCCACCGUGAGUGUGCAGGUGACCAACACAAACGACCCGCCCGCCUUCCACCCCGCCACCUUCAUCGUCAGUGUGGCCGAUGGCGCUGGGCCAGGGAUUCAGCUGGAAAUUUUUAAUGCUACGGAUCCAGACAGAACUGCCAGCCAGAUAAGAUACACACUGGCUUAUGAUCCGGCAGACUGGGUCACCCUAGAUGAGCGCUCAGGAGCGGUUGUCACCAGGAAGCAAGUUGACCGCGAGUCGCCUCACGUAAAUGACAGUUUUUACAUGAUCAUCGCUCACGCUGUUGACGAUGGUGUCCCGCCGCGGACAGGGACGGGGACCAUGCUGCUCUUCCUGUCCGACACCAAUGACAACGCCCCGACCCUCCACCCCGGGUCUCGACACCUGGAGGUCUGCGAGUCUGCAGGGGACAAGCCCCUCCUCAUCCAGGCAGAGGACGGCGACCUUGAGCCCUUCUCCGACCCGUUCACCUUCGAACUGGACAAUACCUGGGGAAACACAGAAGACACAUGGAAACUGGGGGAAAAUCGGGGUCGGUCGGUGGAACUUUUAAUGUUGAGAAGCCUCCCACGUGGUGACUACUCUGUGCCGCUUUUCAUCGGAGACAAACAGGGACUUUCCCAGAAGCAGACUGUCCACGUGAGGGUCUGUUCCUGUCCGGACGGAUUCGUAUGUGCAGAGCCUUCUGUCGCCGGAGCCGAACUCCCUUGGGGGGCCCUGGCCCCUGUCUGUGCAGCGCUCGUGGCUCUGGCAGUCGCCCUGCUCUUCCUGCUGCGAUGCUGUUCUGUGUCUGAAGCCCAGAGGCAGGGGCGCCCCACCCUGCAGGAGGAAGGCCUCCAGACCCUGAUCCUGUAUAAUGUCGAGGGCGGACCCGCGUGUACCCAGCCCCUGUCGGAUUUCCUUCCCUGUGUCCCACAGGGAAGGUCAGAUGUCAGGGAUCAGAUGCCAUCCCCGCCCGCCAACACCACCGAGGCGCACGCCAAGCUAGGAGCCAAGGAUGUAAAUGAAACGCUACUAUCUCCAUCGAGUGCAUCGGACCAAGUACACUUUGUCCCGGGAACCCUGGGUUGUGGCGUGCUUUUUGAGCCAAGAGGUGUGAGAAACAAGUACUCCACUCCUCUCCGCGGCGCGGACGUCUGGGAGGACGACCCUGGCUGCCGGCCUCGCGUCUACACGGAGGAGGGCGAGUGCGAGCCAGCCGAGAGCCUCAGCUCCCUUGACUUCUCAGAACACGAUCUGCCGCUUGACUUGCUGGACUCUCUGGGGCCAAAGGCUGCGCCACUGGAAGAAAUAUAUUCUGAGACGGCCAUUCUUUCCAUAAAAAAAGCAUAUUUUGAUGAAUUGGAAUAAUUUGUUAAGGGGAAAUCACCAUUCUAGAACACUUUUUCCUUUCUUUCCCUUUUUUGUUUUUAAAUUACCUUCUAGUCUUAGAAUGAGGUUGAAACUGAGUCUGGAUUAACUGCUUUGACAUUCUCAGACCACACAUCUUGAACCAAAGCAAAACAGCAGGUUAUGCUUUUUAAAAAUUUGAUUUAUCAGGUUUUCUAGAGAAGCUUGAAUUGUGUAAUUCCUUGCUUCCACCAGUGGCCCAACUCUGAGGGUAAAUGAACUCACACAUUACCCCAGCGAUCUGGGAACAACAGGUAAUACUGGGGAAAACAGAUUUGGUUAAGUGAUCAUUUUCAUUUCUAUUAUUAUGAUCUUGCUUCCAUUUAAGUGAAAAGUAAAUGGGGCAAUGUUUGCUAGAACAUCUGUGAACGGUAUUGUUAGUAAUUAAACACUAUCUACUCCCUUUGCACUUUCUGAGUAGAUAACUAGAUAAAAUAUGUUAUCAUGAGAAAUGAUUGUGCUUAAAACUUUAUCAGCAGUACAUACUUAAAAAACAAAUUGACAUAAAUUAACUUGCAUGUAUUAUGCAAGUAAAAUAAUUUAGGAGCCUUUGAAUGAAUAAAUUCUGAUUUUUUUAUCUUUACACAAAACCAUAAACUUUAAUUGAUUUUUACUUGUCCACUUACUGCAAGUGUAAGUUGUUGGGGAGAGGAUGUUCCCUUUAAAACUCUAAAAAAUAUGUGUAACUACCAGGACGUGUGCCCUAUAUACACUUGGUUUGCUUGUCUGAGUAAUAGGUAAGAGAAUGGUAAGCAAACCUUGAAAUGCUAGCAGGACAUUUUAUGUACACACUGGAUAUCUGAAAGUCUAUGGUAAAUGCUAACAAAUUUGUAUAAUUAAUGAGCAUAGUCUUUUGACAGUGUCCUCUUGAAGCCUAGGGAUAAGUCAGGAGAAACACGUUUGUGUUGAAUCAGUGAAAUGUUAUAGUAAACCUAAGUUUUAGCCGACUCAGGGUAAAAACUUCCCCUUUCUUUCUAAAGAAGCUGUGCAAAUAUUCACUUUACAGAGAUCUCAAGAGUGUUUUGUACACAGUCACUUCACUCAUCACCUAGUGCUUUGUGUAACGGAAAGGGAAAACCAGCCCCGAAGCCCCGGAAGGUCUGAAGCUGGCUCCCUGACGUGCAGAGCAGCUGUGCUGACGCUGGAAUGGCUCCAAGGAGAGCCUAGCACGUUUUCUGGGUAACUCAGGCCAAAAGUAAUUUUUCAGAAAAGUAUCCUUUUUGAGUCUGAAUGGUUGGCAAGGAUCAGUAGGUGUUCAUUAGACCUUCUUGGAUCUGAGGCAAGGGACAAAAAACUAUGGCUGUGGAGCAGAUCUGGUCUACCUUCUUUUUUUGUAAAUAAAGUUUUAUUGGCACACAGCCGUGGUCAUAUAGUGCUUAAGGGCCGUCCACGACCGCUUUGUGCUGUCAUAGCAGAGCUGCGCAGUCGCGAUGGAGACGUAUGGCUCACAAAGCUCAACACAUUUACUUCCAGGCCUUUUAGAGAUAAAAAAAAGUAUGUCGACCCCUUGGUUUAAGGCAUUAUUUUUGGAAACUCCACAGUGCAUCAAAUGUACCAGGAUGGGUUAUCCCAUGGUGGGUGUCCACCCCCUGUGUUAAGAACAAAUACAUUGCCAUCCAGUUUUGAAAGGUCUUAGAGAGGUUUGUUUCGGCUACGGGUAACCCAGUUCAUCUACUGCUGGUCAUGAAAUCUGGGCAGCUGUUUUUGUGAAUUCUUGCAUUAGGAGGCUCUCUCCAACUAACUGUUUUCAAAAGUAAUAAAGUACUCAUGAAAGAUUCAUGAAUGCCAAAUCGAACAAUUAGCAAGAAUAAAAUGUUAUAUGUUGUAGAUAUUUAAUUCAACAUCUAUUAAUUUUGAUUUUGCUGUUUCCUUUGUGUAUUUUGAAGUCUCUGUGUAUGUCUUCAGAGGUCUCGGGCCUGGGGGGUGUAGUGGCCAAUGCAGACACUCGCCCUGUUGGCACGUUGGUGACACAUGCCUGGCAUAUGACACUUUGGCCUUUCCCUUUAGACGCCACUCUAUGUAUUGUCACCUGCCCCAACUGAUGUCUGCAGGGGACAUGCAUGGAUGUCGGCUGGUUCUCCCUACGGGUUCAUUCUCAAGUCUGUCUACAUGCUUAAAAAGGUUUCCAUUAGAAACAUCAGCACCGGGAGGUCUGGGGAAAAAAUGUUAGUCUCCAGGGGAAUUUAUGUAUACGCGGGAACUAAACCAAGCCUUAUUAAUGGCAACGAAGAAGGCAAUAAAACAGAAAUAGUAAAUACUUUCCCUAGAAAAUGUGAUUUUAUUAAGAACAUUAGCCUCCAAAUUACUUAGCAAUGCGAAGAUAGCUGCAGUCUCGUAAGUUAAAUAUUUAUUUUGCAUUUCAUCAGUUUUGGUUUUUCCAUUUGCAUUCACAGCCUCAUUGGCUUUACGGAGUUUUUCAUCAGAGGAGUUUGUUAUGCUUACUGUUAUGAUUUACUGAACACAGAUGCCAUCUUGGUUGCUAGAAGUUUCCCAAGUGAAACACUAAGCCAGGAAACCUCAUUUUAUGUCCCUGUGGAGUAGGCAUAGCAACAUUCCCCUCAAAGAUGACACCUGGGCAAAGAUUACAAACCUUGAGUCACCUUUGUCUCCUCUGAAGUGUGUGUGUCAGAGGCCAAACAAACCUUCCAUCAGGAAGGAGGAGGAGGAGAGAGAUACACUGGAGCUGUAAACUCAGGGGA